CUAAAAAUUUCUGAUACACUUACGCGAACGUAUUAUUUUUCAUAAAAUACCGACUGCCUUUGUACCCAUACGCGAUUAAUGGAAGUUUUACUGACAUAUGUAGAUAAAGUAGCGAUUGAAUAUAACGAUGUAAUUAGUUUAUUAUUUUCCGUAUUUGCAUAUGAAAUGGCCUGGUCUGGAAGAUUUCAUGGGAAAAGUAACCAUGAUCUUAUACAAAAUCUUAAAAGAUCAAGAGUAAUUAAAUCUGAACGAGUUUAUGAAGCAAUGUCUUCUGUAGACAGAGGAAAUUAUACUCAUCCCAGCUAUGCAUAUGUAGAUUCUCCGCAAUCAAUUGGUUAUGGUGCUACUAUAAGUGCUCCUCAUAUGCAUGCAUAUGCUUUGGAAAUACUUGAAGAUAAAUUACGUGAUGGUGCAAGAGCAUUAGAUGUUGGUUCUGGAUCUGGAUAUUUGACAGCAUGCAUGGCAAUGAUGUUAGGUCCAAAUGGGUUGGCUAUUGGUAUUGAUCAUAUUCCUGAACUUAAAUCAUUUGCUAUUUCCAACAUUCAAAGGGAUAAUCCAGAGCUUCUUAAAAGUGGUCGUGUUGAAUUAGUUGUUGGAGAUGGAAGAUUAGGAUAUCCUGAGAAGGCACCAUACAAUGCUAUUCAUGUAGGAGCAGCUGCUAAAGAAAUGCCACAAGCUUUGAUUGAUCAACUAGCUCCUGGAGGACGUUUAGUAUUACCAAUGGGUCCAGAAAAUUCAGAUCAAACAUUAGUACAAGUUGAUAAGACAAUGGAUGGAAAAAUUCUGAAAAAAUCUCUUACAAGUGUUGUUUUUGUCCCAUUAACUAGUAAAAAUAAGCAACAUCCAUCAUGAGAUACAUGUAUGCUCCAAUAAGUGAGCAUUUUUUCCUUUUGCGAAUUUGAUUAAGAGGACAUACUAAAUAAAGCACAUAACUUGAACUGCA